AGAAGCAGCCAUUUUGCUUAUGGUUUGUUUGUUCUAGUAAUUUUUGAGUGUGUGACAUUUCGUUCUACUAGAAUAUAAUUGUCUGAAACUUGAAGUGACGAAACAUGUCUCAGUCAGGUGAAAAAGUAAAGUUUUCCGACUCAGCAGGCUACGUGGGAUUUGCUAAUCUGCCCAACCAGGUUCACAGGAAAUCUGUUAAGAAGGGUUUUGAAUUCACGCUGAUGGUGGUUGGUGAGUCUGGCUUGGGAAAAUCCACUUUAAUUAACAGUCUGUUCCUGACUGAUCUUUAUCCAGAGCGUUAUAUUCCUGGAGCUGCAGAGAAAAUAGAGAGAACGGUUCAAAUUGAAGCUUCUACGGUAGAGAUAGAAGAGCGAGGGGUGAAACUGCGCUUAACAGUAGUUGACACACCGGGAUAUGGAGAUGCCAUUAACAGCCAGGACUGCUUCAAAACAAUUAUCCAGUACAUUGACAACCAGUUUGAAAGGUACCUUCAUGAUGAGAGUGGUCUGAACAGGCGCCACAUUAUUGACAACAGAGUCCAUUGCUGUUUUUACUUCAUCUCUCCCUUUGGGCAUGGGCUGAAACCAUUAGAUGUCGAAUUCAUGAAGGCCCUCCAUGGAAAAGUCAACAUUGUUCCUGUGAUUGCCAAGGCUGACACACUGACGCUCAAGGAGAGAGAAAGGCUGAAGAGAAGAGUUCUGGAUGAGAUUUCUGAACAUGGCAUUAGGAUUUAUCAGCUCCCUGAUGCUGAUUCUGAUGAAGACGAGGAGUUUAAAGAACAAACCCGAGUUUUAAAGGCUAGCAUUCCCUUUGCUGUUAUUGGAUCCAAUCAACUUAUUGAGGUAAAAGGGAAAAAAAUCAGAGGCCGUCUGUAUCCCUGGGGAGUUGUUGAAGUUGAAAAUCCAGAGCACAACGAUUUCCUUAAACUGCGCACAAUGCUGGUGACGCACAUGCAGGACCUGCAGGAGGUGACCCAAGACUUGCACUACGAGAACUUCCGUUCUGAGAGGCUAAAACGAACUGGCAAACCUGUUGAAGAAGAAGUGGUAGACAAGGAUAGAAUCCUCCAGCAGAAAGAGGCUGAGCUGCGCCGCAUGCAGGAGAUGAUUGCGCAGAUGCAGGCCCAAAUGAGGAUGAAGCCUGGUGAUGAUUAAGAUGCUUAACACCCGGAGGCAUCAGCAGCGUACAGUUCUCUAAGUGGAUGGUGCUCUGUUUUCUUUGACCGAAAUAACGUUCACAUGCAAAAGAUGGAUGCCGCAGAUCAAGACCUGUGUUAAAACAAACAUAAAGUCCGAAGAUCGUGUUGUAAAACGGCUUGUUUUAUAUACUCAAUGUUAAUCAAUUGUAUUGUAUCUUUUCUGAUUCUUUUCGUAACACUGUCUUCAUACUUAUAAAUGUGGGUUUAUUAUCCUUCUAUGCCCUUUUAUACCGAAACUGGUAGAGUAUGCUGUUUGGACUAGUAAUUGUGCUGGGUUUAAGGAGUUAAUCGUGUACUUGCUAGGUUGUUCUGAACAGUUUCAUGAUUAAUACUAAAAGACUUUGUGGCCUGUUUACAGUAAACGUAUGUGUGUUUGCACAGUAUUAUUAUAACUUUCACUUGCCAUUUUAAGUCAUUGUGUAUCGUAUC